AGGAACGAGUUUCACAUUGACGAAAUCCAUUCAUCAUCUGCUUAUCCUGCUCGAGUUGUAAAACCCUCAUGUCCUCCUCUUUAUUUUGGUGCAUUUUUGAAGCGAAUCUGAUCUGAGUCUAACGCAAAAAGUAAGUACUAAAGGUUUUCUGGCGAAAUCAUUUUCAUUUGUAAAAAAAAAAGUAGCACUACGGAAAAUACUAACUCAAAAAAACUCUGUUGAAGCCACCGAAGAUAGCACUAUUUGCCUUUCCAGUUCCAGUGGAAAAAAAUCGAAUGUUGGCUACCACGAAAGAGAAGGCGCCUCGCGGGGUCAUGCUCUCGGCUCUGGCCGUGUUGGGGGCCGCGUACUUUGCGCCCGGCCUUGUGCACGGCGUCGGUUUGCGUGCGGGGGCCGGCUCGGCGGCUAAUUCAGAAGAUCCGCAGGUGAUCCGCGAAGAAUGUCGCCCGAGGCUGGUUUUCGUGGAGACGGCACGGACGGAGCUGAAUCAGCUGGCUCCCGUUAAGGACGCGCUGCGUAACUUUUAUGGGUACAACGACGCAGCGGAGGUCCCCCAGCAAAAUUUCGAUAAUACCGACACGCUGAACGGGCUCGGUCUGCCGGCGGGGUCGCCAGACAUGGCAAUGGCGACGGAGGCGAGGACCCUUCAGGACAGAACUCCCUUGCGUGCAGCGGACGGCGCAACGCCUCUCGGAGAGGUGGUCGCUGGUUGCAUAGAGGGAUUCCAGCGCGUGUUGUGGAAGUUCUUUUCCGCCUUCCGCGACCGAGUCCCGGAGGAAAAGGAGCGACGCCGGAUCGCGCAGCGGCUGCUCGCCGCCUGGGGCGUGCCGUUGCGAAAGGGAAAGAGUCCGCUGGAGGAACGACGCCCCAUCCAUAUCGUGGUGGACUUCCUCUACCCGGGGGCCGCUUUUCUUGGUCUCCUAGCCGAGUUUCUGGAGGACCCCCGCGUCUUCCCGGCGGGCGGCAAGCUGUUUGCGUGGGUGGGCACUCCGAUUCUCGCGGUGGGGGCGUUGUCCUGGACGGGCUCGACUGCAGCGGCCGACGCAGCUGCCGUCGCCGACAUGCACAAGUUAAAUUUCGUCGCGCCGACCGGUCCCUAUCUCCCGGGAGGGGGGGACGCCGCCGCCGUCGUCCGGCUCCUGCUCCGUCUGCCCGGAGGCCCGAGCGAGGGGGAAGAGGUUUCGCGCCCCUUCCCGGACUGGUUUCCGGUCGAUCGGAUCUGCGCCGCGCUGCCCUGGUUUCCGCGCGACAACGUGGCGCUGGCGGAAGGUGGGUACGAAAGACUCGUCGCAGGAGGGACAGCCGGCGAGCCGGUGCACUCGAUCUUCGCCGGGGACGAUCAGGCGUUUGCGAAGCGGGUGUUCUGGCUGAACACCGGUGCUCCGCCUGCCGGAGCACCGGAAGCUGUAACCGACGUGGCGCCCGAAGUCGCGGAGCUCGAAGCGCUGGCACUUGCCGGCGCAGGAGCCGGGCCCACCACCUCGGGCGCCGGCGCGGCGGGUGCUCCUGGGCAACAAGUAGUGCUGGCGAAACCUCCGAAAACCCUGGUGUUCGUGGCUCUCGGCACGACCGGUGGGGUUCCGCUGGUCGGGGGUGGAAACAAGGGAGAACGCCGCCUCCCGUACAAGGAGAUGCUGGAGGACCUGUUGAGUCUCGGCGAGGAGUACGUCGUCGCGGUGCGCGUGGCCUAUCCGGGGGGCCAGGCCGAGCAAGAAAAGGUCCAAACGCCGGCGGACAUUUUGGCCGCGCUGACGGAAAAUGGAACCGGCCAAGCCACGGUGAAGCUGUACGAGGGGCAUUUCCCGCAGAAGGCACUGCUCGGCGCACGGUCGGCGCGGGAGAAUCGCCUCAUCUUCGUGUCACACGGAGGCAUUAGCAGCCUCUCCGAGGCGCUCCGCGCGCGCGUCCCCACGGUGUUGAUGCCCCAAUCGGAGGAGCAACUGGCGAACGACAAGCUGAUGGUGGCGCACGGGCUCGGGGUGGACGCCUCGCAGGCCGGGGCGAACUACGAAGUGUACGGCGCCGAGCGGAAGGCUUUCCCGCAGAAGUGGGCCUUGCCGGCACAGUACGCGACAGAUGACGCAUCUACAUCUUCCCAGACUGCCGGCUUCGCAAAGCUGUCGGAAGCCGUCGCGGCGGUCGCAGCACGAAAGAAGGUGCUGCGGGAGAAUAUCGACGCAUUUGCGACCGAAAUGAAGAAAAAAGCACUUGCUGUCGAAGAAUUAGCAAAAAUGCUCGCGACACCUGGAAACGCGCCGCAACUUUAGUGGUCGAAGGCAGCUGAGUAGGUCUUACGUCCAAAACCACUUUUGCAUGCCUUCAACGCCGCGCCCGAGCCGAAGCCGUCCGAGAGCAAUGCGUGCUCGCAGCAGUAGUUCGGUCGGGCGAAAUAUAAAAGUCUCAAUCUCACACUGCGAAAUUAGAUCUGAAAAUAGCAGGCUAUUGAUUUUUAUUGAUUUGUUUUGGAAGUAACUAUUUUGGAAAAGUUUUCUCUCGCUGGCAGUACAGGUUUUGGAAAUAAACAUUUUGGAAAUAAACAUUUCGUCUGCUCCGGUUUUGAUGUUGUAUUGUCUGCUCCGGUUUUCAACAGAAAAAAUUGUUUCACUUGUAUCACUUGUUUCACUUGUAGUAUCACUAGGGUAGCAGGGCAGGCCUUUCCUGCCGCGCGUCGGAGGAGGGAGUUGCGCCGCGCCCAGCUCGAACUAAUCAUCGCCAUCACCUCCCCAAAGAUUUCUACAUAAAGUGAAAACUUGAUGAGCGGAGGACGUCUGCCGAGAUAAUUAUUAUCCACGGCUAGCACUAAUUCCUGUUGAGACCACACGGUAAAUUGCACGUGGUCUACCAAUUAUUAGAUAUGCUGGAACAAGGCGGCUACUACGCAUGUUCAACUUCGGAGAAGAUUCUGACUACCUGUAUGAUGUUGAAGCUAAGAAGACCACUUGCGCGUGGUUCUUCCUACUACUUCUACUUGAUCCUCAUCUGGUAAUCAGCCAAGCGUCCUUGCGCUCGCGCUCGUCCGAAUCGCAAAUGAAAAAAACUAAAUCGCCCACUCGAAGAAUAAAUUUGACUGACCCCUUAUCGCUUCACGUCACCAGGACUCCUCCGCCCCGAGGCCCCGGCGUCGUGUUGUGGGAUUACGUAUGCCAGCACUUUUGAAAAGAAAACCGCAAAAAUAUAC